GGAGGGGACAGUGAGGAGGAACCAGCAAUAGAGACAGCGCGGUUGGGUUUAGGGGCAGCUGGCGGGAGCAUUCGGCAACUCCCUGAACUUGAGGCACCGCGGAGUGUGGGCGCAGAGAAGAGCGAUUCAAACCCGGCGGACUGUGCAGUGGGUCGGCGGCCAGACAGGUGAGUUCAGCACGGUGCUUUCCAGGAAGUCCGUCGGCGGACGCGGCAGCGGGUCGCUCCGGCCUGGGCGACUGAGAAGGGAGCGGCUGUGCUUCCCGCCCCUUGCCCGAGGGCCUCGCUAGAGAGCCGAGGGUGCCGGGCCGUUCCGGAACCGCGGGGUGUGCCGGGUGUCGCCCGCGGCCAGGCACGCAGGCUCUAGGCUGCGGCUAUAAGAAGUCGUGGAAGGAGCCGGCGACUGCCGACACUGAGCCAUGGCACUGCCGUUCCGGAAAGACUUGGGAGACUAUAAGGACCUGGAUGAGGAUGAGCUCCUAGGCAAGCUGUCGGAGUCAGAGCUGAAACAGCUCGAAACUGUCCUGGACGAUCUUGACCCCGAGAAUGCCCUUCUGCCUGCAGGGUUCCGGCAGAAGAACCAGACAUCAAAGUCCGCCACAGGACCCUUUGACAGAGAACGGCUCCUUUCCUACUUAGAGAAGGAAGCAUUGGAGUAUAAAGACCGGGAAGACUAUGUACCCUACACUGGAGAGAAGAAAGGGAAAAUUUUUAUCCCCAAGCAGAAGCCAGUGCAGACUUUUACAGAAGAAACUAUAUCCCUUGAUCCAGAGUUAGAAGAAGCCUUGACAAGCGCUUCAGACACAGAACUGUGUGACCUUGCAGCAAUUCUUGGGAUGCACAGCCUGAUUGCAGACACACAGUUCUGUGACGUGCUGGGAAGUAGUAACGGUGACGACCAAGAACAUUUUCCGAAUGUGGUUAAAGGGGAAAAGAUUCUUCCAGUGUUUGAUGAGCCACCAAAUCCAACCAACGUUGAAGAGAGUUUAAAGAGAAUUAGGGAGAACGAUGCCUGUCUUGUUGAAGUUAAUUUGAAUAAUAUAAAAAAUAUCCCAAUUCCAACUCUAAAAGAUUUUGCGAAGACUUUGGAAACCAACACACAUGUGAAGCAUUUCAGUCUUGCAGCCACCAGGAGCAAUGACCCCGUGGCUGCUGCUUUUGCAGAUAUGCUGAAAGUGAACAAAACUUUGAAGAGCUUAAAUAUGGAGUCCAACUUCAUCACAGGCACUGGGGUUUUAGCACUGAUUGAUGCUUUGAAAGAUAAUGAGACCCUAUCAGAGCUCAAGAUUGACAAUCAGAGACAGCAGUUGGGCACCUCUGUAGAAUUAGAAAUGGCCAAGAUGCUCGAGGAAAACACAAAUAUCCUUAAACUUGGAUACCAGUUCACGCAGCAGGGACCCCGAACCAGGGCAGCCAAUGCUAUAACAAAGAACAAUGACUUAGUGCGCAAGAGGCGGAUUGAGGGAGACCAGCAGUAAGCGUGCCCAGCGAGGGGUAACCGCUAGAAGACUGCAGAUCACAGAGGCUCAUGCGUGUGGCAGCAGAUGUAAACAUUUCCUGGGUGGAAGGGAAAAGACUGGAAAUCUUUUUUUAACUAUAUACAUUAUUUUCCUAGCUUACAGUAUUAUAUUUGAUUUGUAAAAUCAGUAGUAGGUAGUGUUUUGUAUUUGUAUCAUUUCUACUGAAACCAGUUUAAUUGAAUGGUUUGUAAUGAUUUUUAGGUAAAAAUGCAGUUGUAGAAAGUUUCAGAAGUCGUGUAUGUAAGAAUAAUUUGAAUGAACAUCUUGGGGACCAAUCUUUUAAAUCAAAAGGGACGUUGCUAACUCAAGACUAAUGUUGUUCCUUACACAUUUAUGGUCAGGCACAUGGUGGUUUCCUUUUUAAAAUCCAUGAAUUAGGCAAACGUUUACUUAUUCCUUAUUAGGGAAAUAAAAUGUUGGAAUGUUAAAA